GCGUUUGAAGCAGUAACCAGCUAGAAACUACAUAAAAUCAACAUGACCGGACGCGGUAAAGGAGGAAAAGGUCUUGGAAAAGGAGGAGCCAAACGUCAUCGUAAAGUACUGCGUGAUAACAUCCAGGGAAUAACCAAGCCCGCCAUUCGUCGGUUAGCUCGUCGUGGUGGAGUGAAACGUAUCUCCGGUUUGAUCUACGAAGAGACCCGCGGUGUUUUGAAAGUAUUCCUGGAAAACGUAAUCCGUGAUGCCGUAACAUACACCGAGCACGCCAAGAGGAAAACCGUUACAGCCAUGGACGUCGUCUAUGCCCUUAAACGUCAAGGCCGUACAUUUAUUUUACAGUUCGUCUAACACACAACCAAAUCCAAAAUGGCUCGUACCAAGCAAACAGCACGUAAAUCUACCGGAGGAAAGGCUCCCAGAAAGCAGUUGGCAACCAAAGCCGCCCGUAAGAGCGCACCAGCCACCGGAGGAGUGAAGAAACCCCAUCGUUACCGUCCGGGAACAGUCGCUCUCCGUGAAAUCCGUCGUUACCAAAAGAGCACUGAGCUGUUAAUCCGCAAAUUGCCGUUCCAACGUCUGGUGCGUGAAAUCGCACAGGACUUCAAGACCGACUUGCGUUUCCAGAGCUCCGCCGUCAUGGCGUUACAGGAAGCCAGCGAAGCCUAUUUGGUCGGUUUGUUCGAAGACACCAACUUGUGCGCAAUUCACGCAAAACGCGUCACGAUCAUGCCCAAAGACAUCCAACUUGCUCGUCGUAUCCGCGGUGAACGUUCUACUGCAUUCGACAUCAACUCUACCAUGACAGAAACCGUCGUUCUCGCCGCUCCGGCACCAGUAGCCGCAUCGCCGGCCGCGAAAAAGUCUCCUGCCAAGAAGAAGGCUGCUGCUGCUAAGGCAAAGAAGCCCGCCGCGUCCCAUCCGACUACCUCCGUAAUGGUCACGUCUGCCAUCAAAGAACUGAAGGAGAAAAAAGGUUCGUCUUUGCCGGCUAUCAAGAAAUACUUGGCUGCCAACUACAAAGUCGAUCCCGCCAAGCUGGCACCGUUCAUCAGGAAAUUUUUGAAAGCCGCCGUCGCCAACGGAACCGUCGUACAGACCAAGGGCACUGGCGCUUCUGGUCACUUCAAACUACCGGUUGCCGAGGUUAAACCGAAAAAGGCAGCUGUAGUCAAGAAGAAGAAACCAGUCGCCAAGAAAGUCAAAGCCCCUGGUGCCGUAAAGAGGAAGUCGACGUCUGCUAAGAAAGUGAAGCCCGCGUCCGGCGAACCAGCAGCUAAAAAAGUCAAAAAAGCUGUCGCCGCUAAGCCUAAGGCUGUCAAACCGAAGAAAUCUCCGGCCAAGGCAAAAAAACCUGCUGGCGCUGUCAAACCCAAAGUGAAAAAGACUCCAACCAAGAAAACAGCAGCACCCAAGAAGAAUUCUUUGAUGGCAGACGUGACCAUUACGGAGGUAGUCGGAUGGGACGCGGCGGGCUUCUUUGCCUUAGCAGCAGCAGCCUUCUUCUUGGCAGGAGACUUUUUCGCGGCCGGCGAUGCGGCUACUGGUGCCGGAGCGGCGAGAACGACGGUUUCUGUCAUGAAACUACAUCAAAACAACAUGACCGGACGCGGUAAAGGAGGAAAAGGUCUUGGAAAAGGAGGAGCCAAACGUCAUCGUAAAGUACUGCGUGAUAACAUCCAGGGAAUAACCAAGCCUGCCAUUCGUCGGUUAGCUCGUCGUGGCGGAGUGAAACGUAUUUCCGGUUUGAUCUACGAAGAGACCCGCGGUGUUUUGAAAGUAUUCCUGGAAAACGUAAUCCGUGAUGCCGUAACAUACACUGAGCACGCCAAGAGAAAGACAGUAACCGCCAUGGACGUUGUGUACGCCCUCAAACGCCAAGGUCGUACCCUGUACGGUUUCGGAGGUUAAUAAUACACACACGCACAUAUCUUCAUAAAAAGGCCCUUUUCAGG